CUCCAAGUCCACAAGUUCUGCUAGUGCUAAUGCCCAGGCAGGUUCUGGUCUUCGGACGACGGGUCAGCUCCUACCAAUGGUUAUCAACACCUGGAACUUUACGGCCGCCAACGUACUGGCCUGGCGGAUCCUCAAGCAGAGCAAGGGCGGCCUCCGCCAGACGCGGAACGCUGUCGUCGAGGGGUGCUCCAAGUGCGAGAAGCUGCAGUGCGACCGAACUGUGGGCUAUGGCGGAUCGCCAGACGAGUCGGGCGAAACCACACUAGACGCCAUGGUCAUGGACGGUGGCACAUUGGACGUGGGCGCGGUGGCCGGGCUGCGGCGCAUUAAGGACGCUAUCAAGGUGGCCCGUCAUGUCCUGGAACACACUCAGCAUACCAUGCUGGUGGGCGACGCAGCCUCUGCCUUCGCUAAUGCCAUGGGCUUCGAGUCCGAGUCACUGGUUACGCCGGAGUCAAAGGACAUGUGGCAGCAGUGGACAGCGGAGAACUGUCAGCCGAACUUCUGGAGGAAUGUGCAUCCGGACCCGAAGGUCUCCUGCGGCCCCUACAAGCCGCGGCCCACGCCGCUGACUCGUUGGAAGGAGGAUCGGGCCCGAAACGAGUACGAGAUUGGGCGCAAGAACCACGACACCAUUGGCAUGAUUGCCAUCGAUGUGGAGAGUAACAUCCACGCGGGCACCUCUACCAACGGGGCGCGUCACAAAAUCCCCGGCCGAGUGGGGGACUCCCCGAUCCCGGGAGCUGGCGGCUAUGCGGAUAACGAGGUGGGAGCAGCAGUGGCCACGGGAGACGGGGACGUAAUGAUGCGCUUUCUGCCCUCGCUCCUUGCAGUGGAGGCCAUGCGGGCGGGAAAGCCACGCCUCCGCCGGAUUCUGAAGCACCACAAGGAAUUUAUGGGCGCCGUUAUCGCAGUGGAUCGGCUGGGAAACUAUGCGGCCGCCUGCUACGGGUUGGAGGAGUUCCCUUUCAUGGUCAGCAGUCCUGCAAGGCCGGAUGAGCCCACGCGACUAGAAACGGUCAAGUGCAUCCCGGGUCCAGAAAAAGUAAACGUAGUGUCGUUGUAAACAGAUGCAUUAUUAAGAAGGGUUUCAAUAAAAUUUUAGUUUGAA